UUUCCAAACACAUUCAUACCGGCGUUGGGCACGAAGUGACUACGACAGGCGUUACGCGUUUCACAACAUGGGCAGUGUAUGUUCAGCGAUAGGAAAUGGACUGAAUGCCAUAAUUGCAGCGAUAGCAAACUUGCUCAUGGCUAUCGUUGGUGCCUUCACUAUGAUCAUUGUGACGAUAGUUGAUGUCAUAUUGGACAUCCUUUGCUGCAGAUGUGGUGGUCCACGGCGGAGGACAGGGAGAAGGACAUAUCGACACUAUAACCCCUAUUAUGGGUACUGAGCGAUUCUUUCUCACGCUGAUAUCGGGAAGAUACGGUGUGUUGCCAGCGAUACCAGACUUCUAAUUAUCCCGCUACAGUAGAGUAUAUUGAGUGGCGAUUGAGAUGUACAUAUACUAACAUUAUUGCGAGCGCCAAUUAGCUACUUUCAGAUGAAAACAUUGAGGA